GACGUCACGACCACUAUUAAAGAAAACCAACAAACAACAGCCAGAAAAACACACACACACACACACCAGCGGACUAACAGCACGGACCGUCGCCAAGGGUGUAAUACAAAGUCUCUAUAUUGUGGGAGCUUCUCUUUUUACUCGGAUAAGGAAUCGCUCAUUUUUGGAGAGAUGGCCCAGGAGACCAAUCAAAGCCCCGUGCCCAUGCUCUGUGCCACCGGCUGUGGUUUCUACGGCAACCCUCGGACCAGUGGCAUGUGCUCGGUCUGUUACAAAGAGCAUUUAACACGACAGAACAACGGGGGAGUCAGUCCUAUUAGCACAAUGGCAGCUUCCAGCAGUGUCACCAGUAGUCCUACCUCUGAAUCCUCAGCCAUCCAGAUCAUCGAAGCUACACUAAACAACUCCUCGUCUGCUAGCGCUAGUGCUGAGUCACCUAGCGGCUCCACCGCCGCCGCUGCCCUUCCCGUUACACAACAGAUGACGGAGAUGAGCAUUUCCUGUGAAGACGAGGUGGUCUCGCCUAAAGUAGAACUUCCUGAACCAGUUGUCACUCAGCCGACAGCGUCCACCGCUCCUCUGAGCACAGCUGAAGCUGAAGAGACCAAAACACCCGACGCCUCCAAACCCAAGAAGAACAGAUGCUUCAUGUGCCGCAAGAAGGUCGGCUUGACAGGGUUCGACUGCCGUUGUGGGAAUCUCUUCUGUGGACUCCAUCGCUACUCGGACAAGCACAACUGCCCCUACGACUACAAGGCGGAGGCUGCGGCCAAGAUCCGCAAAGAGAACCCGGUGGUGGUGGCCGAUAAGAUUCAGAGAAUAUAAAGCUCUCGCCGUCACACCUCCACUUUGCGAGAGAUCAGCUAUAAGGACUCGCACUUUGACCUGUGAUCUGAAAGACUAGUUUUUUUAAUUACAGUAUGGGAAAGAAUCUUGUUUCUAAGCCAAUGCAUGAGUGAUCACUUUGUUUCCAUCUUUCUUUUGCUUUCUGUUGUUGGUAUAUGAGCUUCAAGUUAAAACAAAUGGGGAAAAAAAGAAUGCCUAUAAAAGGUGUGAAGCCAGAGACAUUUGCCUAACGUGUCGGUUUCUGAGUGGAAGACGUGCUGUUGUUCGUUUACUCUGUGAUGUGUCUCCCGGUCGGACUCUGACCCGAGCGCUGUCAGAGCAGCAGUGCAUGGCUGGCUCAUGUAGCAGAUGGACGCUCUUCUCGAACGUUUGGCCCUGCCGUUCUCGAGUCAGCCUUUACGACAUUUAUCAGCCAUCUUUCUGCUCGAGCAUCAGCCAGUGGCUGUUGGAGUGAUGCUGGGGUUUCCCUGUCAUUCGACUGUGUUAAAAAUGAUUUUUAAACCAUUGACAGACUUUGUGAAAAAUAUGUAAUCCAAUUGGGAUGGUUUAAUGCAGCCAGACCAGAAUGCUCCAUGAUCAAUUUUGAGUGACUGCAUCCAUGAUACCCUGUCAAGUUCAGAUGAGGUUGGACGUGGCAACAACACAAAACCAUUUAUUAAUUCUUCCCCAUUUAAGUAAAUGCAUUUUUUUUUUUAAAUUUCAUUGUAAUGUGACACCAAUUUGAUUUAUGGGCUUGUUGGGUUUAAAGCGGGUGUUUUGCAUGGUUAGUGAAAUGAGUAUUUUACAGUUGACUGCAUAUUAGAAGUCCAUUUCUAAUUUUUUUUUUUCCUUUUCCUGUGUCUUUUUGCUCUCUAAUUCACCUUUCUCACGUGUGAUUGAUGUUUUUAGUGGGUAUUGAGUGUUAAAUGCUGGUAAGACAUAAUGGUAUUGUUUAGUGUCAUGUAAUCAGCCCGUUGCGCCUGCUCAAGUGUUGUGAGUAAGUGAGUUAGUCGCCAUCGUGUUCAUUUGAGGCUCAGUCCGUUUUUUUUUUUAGGUCUGGCUGCACAGCGCGGUUUUAUUUUAGAGCUUUGAGUUUACACAGUAAAACUAACCGUCUGUUCCGAUUAGAUUUUUAGUUAUGCAAGUUUGUACAAACUAGCUUUAUUUAUUUUAUAUAUUGCGCAUAUAAUCUUGUUACCCACCAUUACUGCGAAAUUGUAUCAUGUAAAUAAAAUUAUGUACAGAGAUAUCAUUAAAA